AUGUGCAGUUUCUCGUCCCCGACGCUGACCAAGCCACCACUGAACGAAGACAGCUUAGCUGAUCUGGAGUUGCUGGAGCACUGGCACCGAUAUCCUGUGACAGGCGACAUGACGGAGACUACGAGACAGCUGCAACACGACCUUGUUCGCUUGGGCUUCUCUCACCACUACUUGCUGAAUAGUAUCCUGGGCCUCACCGCUCUCCAACUCUACAGCGAAGAUCGCUCUCAGUCCAAAUGGUACGCCAGAGCUGUCGCGCAUCAACAAGCUGCAAUUACCCGAGCUAGGCCGCAUUUUGAAUCCUUGACUGAGGCGCAUGGACAAGCUCUGCUGGGGUUUUCUGCAUUCACGUCAAUGUAUGCUGUAGCAGAACCAAUCUAUCGCCCAAGUGGCAUCCGCUCCGAAUCGCCGUUCGAUCCGGUUGAGGAGCUGCUGAAAGCACUUCGCUUCAGUAGGUCUACAAUUAUGUUUGUGCAGCAGAGCUUCCCCCCGGCUGUCAUCUCAGGAUCAUGGCUUCUCACCAAGUUCUCCACCAAUCACCAAGACACUGAGAAUGAUCUUGAGACAAGAUAUCCACAGCUUGCAGUUCUACAGAGAUACAUAACUAGUCACGUUCAAGGGGCUCAUAUGAGAGCAUGCCUCCAGGCCGUGAGAGCACUAUUCCGCUGUAUUGCAACGCUUUCGGAUAAUGUUGGCGACCCUGAGCCUGCAAAGAUAGUUUGGGGUUGGGGACUUGAGGUAAGCCAGAUUUUCCUAGAUCUGUGCUCAGUUCGUUACCCCGCAGCACUUGUAGUUCUAGGUCACUUUGCUGUUUUGAUGAGUUACAACGAGCAUUGGUGUCUGAGUCCAUGGCCAGCUGGUUUGCUGAGCUAUAUUAAUGGGGUUCUUGGGAGUGAGUGGGAACAUAUCAUGAAAUGGCCGGGAUCUGUUGUCUUUGGUGGAAAUCUUGCUAUUAAUCGUCUUACUGCAUGA